UUUCUCAUCCUUCACCUCAAGACGAAGCCGUGCUCUUAUAUUUUUGCGCUAGGGAUCGCUGGGUCAUACGAUGAUGGUGAUGCAUUUGGCGCUCUUGAGAACAGAUGCCCAAUGAUCUGGCCCAAUAAAAGCCUUCGUGCGUGGGUCACAGAAUGUGGAGCUGGUAUUGGUCGAGAUGAAGGCUAAUUUACGGGCCGUGCUCUUUUGGUGGCUGACUGGGCGGUUACUGGGCAGCCGCAAUGCUGCUGUAUCCUCAGUCUCAUCGGGCUGAAGAGGGGCCAUAACUCUCUCUGCAUCUUACACACGAAUCCGUCCUUGUGAAGUCAUCAGUGUGCUGCUUUACACUUUUCGUUAAAUCGAGCUGCCUCACUCAGCUCCUGACCUGACCCUACCCGCCAUGCCCGAGCAUGAUCUCCGCCUGCUCGCUCUCGACGGCGGCGGCGUCCGCGGCCUGUCGACGCUGCAGAUCCUGAAGCAGCUCAUGGAUACCAUCGAUCCUGAAUCGCCGCCAAAGCCUUGCGACUACUUCGACUUGAUCGGAGGCACUAGUACCGGCGGGCUUAUAGCGAUCAUGUUGGGUCGGCUGCACAUGACGGUUGACGAGUGCAUUGACGCGUAUGCCACGCUAUCAGACAGGAUCUUUCGGAAGCAACGACACCGAGUUACGAUCCGGGGCCAGGUCCAAGGACGAUUCGAUUCGGACGAGCUGGGGCGCGCGAUUAAAGAGAUUGUUGCGGGUCAGGCUGGAGCUGAGGAUGCGCUGUUGAAAGAUGCCCCGGAUGCGAACUGCAAGGUAUUCGUCUGUGCAACGAGUGGCGAGACGGGGGAAACCGUGCGGCUCACCAGCUACCGCUCUCGCGGCCGAGAACGCUUGCUCCGCACCACCAAGAUAUGGGAGGCGGGGCGAGCGACUUCAGCUGCCUCGUCCUUCUUCGACCCCAUUACUAUCGGUGUCUUUGGAGAGACCUUUGUCGAUGGCGCGACGGGGGCGAAUAACCCAGUGUACGAGGUGUGGAAUGAGGCCCAGGAUCUUUGGCCGUCUGACUCGUUUGAAGACAACGUCAAGCGCUUCGUGUCCAUUGGGACGGGCGUUCCGUCACUUAGGCCGUUCGAGAACGAUGUGCUCGGCGUUGGGCGCAGUCUGCUGGCGAUUGCUACGGACACGGAACGGACGGCGGAGCGGUUUUGCCGCGACAAGGCGAGGCUACACAGUGCUGGGCGAUAUUAUCGAUUCAACGUGCUCAGAGGAUUGGAAGAUAUCGGGCUGGAAGAGGCGAAUCGCAGGAAUGCGAUUGUUGCGGCUACGGAUCGAUACAUCGAGUCGCAGGAGGUGUUUCAGAAGAUCAGGGCAUGCGCGGAUAGCACGUCCGGAACAGCAACAAGUUAG